UUAGGUUUGUGGCGGCUGCCGGCUGCCAUCUUGCACCUCGCUCGUUUGAGAAGCCGGCCGCCCUAAAAAAUCUGGAGUUUCACGCGUUCGCGCGGCCUUAGCAACUCCGCGAGUGAGUUUCGUGCACUCGCGACGAAUCCAGGAAUCCAUCGUGUUUAAUCCGAUCAAGAUUCGGGCUCGGAAUGCUUUAGGUUUAUUACUGUUCUCACACACACGUAGCUGGAUAGGCAAGAGAGUCGCUAAUAGCUGUAAGUUUGGAAUAGACAGUCGAGAUAGUAUACCGAUCGACAAGACGCUUAUCAAUAAUAAUACUUCUGAGAGAAUGGCUUUACCGAGUAGAGCACGUGUCUACGCCGAUGUAAAUUCACAUAAACCAAGAGAAUACUGGGAUUAUGAAUCUUACGUUGUGGAUUGGGGGCAACAAGAUGAUUAUCAGUUAGUGAGAAAAUUGGGCAGGGGUAAAUAUAGCGAAGUAUUCGAGGCCAUAAAUGUUACAAACAAUGAAAAUUGUGUUGUAAAAAUAUUGAAGCCUGUUAAAAAGAAGAAAAUAAAAAGGGAAAUAAAAAUUUUAGAAAACCUUAAAGGUGGGACCAACAUAAUUACACUCCAAGCAGUUGUCAAAGAUCCAGUUUCAAGGACACCGGCACUGAUUUUUGAACAUGUCAACAAUACAGAUUUCAAGCAAUUAUACCAGACGUUAACUGACUACGACAUAAGAUACUACCUCUACGAAUUAUUAAAAGCACUAGAUUAUUGUCACAGUAUGGGAAUUAUGCAUAGGGAUGUGAAACCGCACAAUGUUAUGAUAGACCAUGAAAAUCGAAAAUUACGAUUGAUUGAUUGGGGAUUAGCAGAGUUUUACCAUCCUGGUCAAGAAUACAAUGUACGAGUAGCUUCUCGCUAUUUUAAAGGCCCGGAAUUACUCGUAGAUUAUCAAAUGUACGAUUACUCAUUAGAUAUGUGGUCAUUGGGUUGCAUGCUCGCUAGUAUGAUAUUCAGGAAAGAACCGUUUUUUCAUGGACAUGACAACUAUGAUCAACUAGUUCGAAUCGCAAAAGUUCUUGGAACUGAAGAACUGUUCGAGUAUCUUGACAAGUAUCAUAUUGAACUAGAUCCUCGUUUCAAUGACAUUUUAGGCCGACAUUCGCGUAAGCGUUGGGAACGCUUUGUGCAUUCGGAGAAUCAACAUUUAGUAUCCCCAGAUAGUUUGGAUUUUCUUGACAAACUCUUGCGCUAUGAUCAUUACGAGAGAUUAACUGCACGUGAAGCAAUGGAACAUCCUUAUUUUUAUCCCAUAGUAAAAGAACAGGGUCGUUUGACUAUGGUGUCAUCAUCACCUACUCCCAUGGCAGGCUCAGUGCCUGUAGAUCAUCGUGGCGUAACAAUGAGCAGCGUACCGGUUCGUGGGACAAACGGAUUGGAAAGCAUGGAAGAAAUUGGAAGUGGGUGUUUGACACUUUCAGAAGAACUGCCUCAACUCUUAUAAAUUCAACAAUUCUGAACAGCAAUUCUCAACCGAGUCCCAAUCCACUACAGAAUAUAAUGAUACAACAGCAGAUAUUUCGUAUCGCCAAGUACAUUCUUCUCUGCACGAAAAUCAUUCUGGUUUGUAGCAACGGCUUCAUCAAUCCCAUCGUUAAGACUGAAGUAUCUCAUUUUACUGUGUUUCCUUUAAAAACAUACAAUUAUUCAAAAUUUGCGACGUACUUAGAGAAUCACGGGAGAUUAGGGUUCUGGCGUAAAAUUUAUCGCGUAAAGAUACAUGCUCCGUCCAUAUUGGCCGGUGUGCAUGCGAUGUCGGAAUCGGAGGUAGCGCAUUACAAUCUGCGAUGCACUUUUCUAUAUCUACUAUUUUUUCUGAUGUUACUACCAUGUUUUUGGCAGAUCUGUAAAUGCAUAGAGAUGCAGCUAGAUUCAUUUUUAUUCGAAAGAUGAUUACUCGUGGUUACAUAAUACGCGCAGUGGCGGAGACUUUAAACAACCACCCUUAUUCGCAUUCACAUACACGGUACACUCGUACACAACGGACACGCAACAAACAUAUAUACAAUUACAUUUACCUUAGACCAUUCGGUUUAGUACUUUUAACAAUAAUAAAAAUGUUCGUUUAUAUCUGAUGCAACAAUAGUUGAAUAAAAUGUUUGUUAUAGCCAAGUA